CGCCUCCCUCCGCAUCUUUGCCCAGACUGCCCUCCCUCCUUCCUUUUGCAGUCAGCUGAGAAGCCAAACCGGAGUGCAGUUUUGUGCGGGGUUUUGAGCCGAGCAGCAGCAGGAAAAGGAGAAAAGGAAAAACCAGACGUGGGGAUUCCUCCUCACACAGACGCCUCAAGAAGAAGAAGAAGAGCAAUAGAAGGGGCACCAUGGCACCCGCUGGGCUUAAGGCUGUGGUUGGAGAAAGUGCUGGUGGUGGAUCAGCUGAGUAUGCGUAUGCUUUCUUCCUGCUGCAAAAUGACUGAUAUCAUGACUGAGGGCAUAACAAUUGUGGAAGACAUCAACAAGCGCAGGGAGCCACUCCCCAGCCUGGAGGCUGUGUACCUCAUCACCCCAUCAGAGAAAUCUGUUGAGUCUCUCAUUGGUGAUUUCAAGGAACCUCCGAAUGCCAAGUAUCGAGCUGCCCACGUCUUCUUUACUGACUCUUGCCCCGAUUCCUUGUUUAAUGAGCUGGUCAAGUCCCGUGCUGCAAAAGUCAUCAAGACUCUGACAGAGAUCAACAUUGCUUUCCUGCCCUACGAGUCUCAAGUUUACUCCCUGGACUCUGCUGACUGUUUCCAGAGCUUCUACAGCCCCCACAAGGCCCAGAUGAAAAACCCGAUCUUGGAGCGCCUGGCAGAGCAGAUUGGCACCCUGUGCGCCACCCUGAAGGAAUACCCUGCUGUCCGAUACAGAGGGGAUUACAAAGACAAUGCCAUGUUGGCCCAGCUGAUCCAAGACAAACUUGAUGCUUACAAGGCUGAUGACCCUACCAUGGGUGAGGGUCCAGACAAAGCCCGCUCCCAGCUCGUCAUCCUGGACCGCGGCUUUGACCCCAGCUCUCCAGUGCUACAUGAACUGACAUUCCAAGCCAUGAGCUAUGAUCUGCUGCCCAUUGAGAAUGACGUCUACAAGUAUGAGACAAGUGGCAUCGGGGAGGCCCGUGUCAAAGAGGUUCUGCUGGAUGAAGAUGAUGACCUCUGGGUCACCUUGCGCCAUAAACACAUUGCUGAGGUCUCCCAGGAGGUCACCCGCUCUCUGAAGGACUUCUCUUCCAGUAAAAGGAUGAAUACAGGUGAUAAGACAACCAUGAGGGAUCUCUCCCAGAUGCUGAAAAAGAUGCCCCAAUAUCAGAAGGAGCUGAGCAAGUACUCCACUCACCUUCACCUGGCCGAAGAUUGCAUGAAACACUACCAAGGCACUGUGGACAAGCUCUGCCGAGUUGAACAGGACCUGGCCAUGGGAACUGAUGCAGAGGGGGAGAAAAUCAAGGACCCAAUGAGGGCUAUUGUCCCCAUCCUGCUUGAUGCAAAUGUCAGCACUUAUGACAAGAUCCGUAUCAUCCUGCUCUACAUCUUCCUCAAGAAUGGCAUCACUGAGGAAAAUCUCAACAAGCUGAUUCAGCAUGCUCAGAUUCCACCUGAGGACAGUGAGAUCAUCACCAAUAUGGCCCACCUUGGAGUACCCAUCAUCACAGAUUCUACCUUACGUCGCAGAAGCAGGCCUGAACGGAAGGAGAGAAUCAGUGAGCAGACCUACCAGCUGUCUCGAUGGACCCCGGUGGUAAAGGAUAUUAUGGAGGACGCCAUUGAGGACAAACUGGACACCAAACACUACCCUUACAUCUCCACCCGAUCCUCUGCCUCCUUCAGCACUACAGCGGUCAGUGCCCGCUAUGGACACUGGCACAAGAACAAGGCUCCUGGGGAGUACAGGAGUGGCCCCCGCCUCAUCAUUUUCAUCCUGGGGGGUGUGGGCCUGAAUGAGAUGCGCUGCGCCUAUGAGGUGACUCAAGCCAGUGGGAAGUGGGAGGUGCUAAUAGGUUCUACUCACAUUCUUACUCCCACCAAAUUUCUCAUGGAUCUGAGGCAUCCCGACUUCAGAGAUUCCACUAGGGUAUCUUUUGAGGAACAGGCUCCAACAAUGGAAUGAGAGCCAAAGAAAACAAUAAAAAGCUCUACUCACAUCCUCACCCCACAGAAACUGCUGGACACUCUGAAGAAACUGAAUAAAACGGAUGAAGAAAUUAGCAGUUAAACAGACACACACACACACACCAACACACCCUUCCCUCUUUCUCUCCUCCCCCAUUUCCUGCCCUUCCCUCCUUGACACCACCAU